AUGGGUGAUCUCUUGACUAGGGCUGGAAUGUCUGAUUGCAAGCCUUUGUCCACACCAGCUGCUCUCAGUCAACCAGUUAUAGCGUCCGCAGAACCGCAUGACAAUCCGACGCAAUAUCGACGACUAGUAGGGGCCCUACAGUACCUCACCAUUACACGGCCGGAUUUAUCUUAUGCUGCUCUACUUAAAAGGGUCUUGCGGUAUAUCAAGGGCACACUUGACUACGGUUUACGCCUUCAGGCAUCUCCUUCUACCGAGAUACAUGCUUUUUCAGACUCUGAUUGGGCCGGGUGCCAAGUCGACAGGAAGAGUACUAGUGGGUAUGCCGUCUACCUAGGGUCUAAUCUCAUUUCGUGGCUUUCCAGGAAGCAACGCACUGUGGUCCACUCCUCUACCGAGGCCGAGUACAAGGCGUUAGCCCGAUGUCUGAGCAGAAGUCACGUGGAUUGUCUCUUUGCUACAGGAACUCCGGCUUCAUUCUGGGCAACCAGCCACUCUCUGGUGUGA